UUACCUGGCUCACCUCAUGGCUGUUUCUAUAGGAACCUGGGAGUCGCCAGGGUGGAAGCCUUUGUGCCGUCACCUUUGAGACUCGGUAAACAACAGGAAAAUCCACCUUUCACCGCAAUCACUUCCUUCAGUCCGCGCGGUGAGUCCCAUCUACAGUGUCUACGGGAGGUUACAGCUGCACAUUGAGCCACACUGGCUCCUAGUUUGACUUGUGGAUCGAGGCGAGGGGAGGUAGGGGUUUUGGUGGCGGGGGUGUGGUUCACCCAGGCCUGAUUGGUCGGGCGCAGCCUUAGUGGUGAGUAUUCAGCAGGGUGUGGAGAUGUUCUUGAGCGCGACGGCUCCUCGUGGAUCCUACAACGUCCCCAUCAACAUCAACCUGCAGGGAGCGCGCAAGAGGCCCACGAGAGGGCUGCUCCAGUCACGGCCAGUGCAGGAGCAGAUGUGGAAGGUGGCUGAUGAUGGCGGCCUCAAGGCCCAGAUUCCCGUAUCCAGUGCUGGGGAGGACAGGGCCGUUCUACUUGGCUUCACCAUGAUGGCCUUCUCCGUUUUAAUGUUCUUCGUGGUGGGAAUCACCACAGUCAAGCCCUAUUUGAACAGCAACUGGGUGGAGCGCGGCGGCUGCGUGCUGGUCCAGGUGGAGCUCCUGCAGGACUGGGUGGAGUGCCGGGGGGUGAGCAUCAUGCCCUGCCUCCGGGUCACCGUCAACCACAGCGCCUCCGGCCGGGCCAGCCUCCUGCACCACCACGAGGACGCCCUGAUCCUGGCGCCCCAGUGCUUCUACAUCCCCAAGUGUAAGAUGGAGGCGGCGGCACUGCAAGCCGAGGCCCUGGUGGUGAAGGACAACCUGGGAGAGCAGCUGGGCCAGAGCCUGGCUUGUCUCACGGACCCCGCCAAGCACCGGGGCCACGCCUUGUUGCACAGGAAGUACUCCCUGAGGAGGGCCCUGCUGGCCCUGCUGUGGCCCAGCCUCAUGCUAGGUGGAGGGGCCCUGCUGGUGGUACUAGUGAAGCUCACCCAGCAGCUCGGCCUCGUUCACCGGGACCUGGGCCGGAGGGGCCCCGAGGACCGGCCCCUCCACGUCCAGACCUAGCCCCCGUCCCCGUGCACUGGGACCAGGGCCCCGAGGACCGGCCCCUCCACGUCCAGACCUAACCGCCGUCCCUACGGCCCCUUAGCAGGCCCUCAGCGGAAUGCAAUGCAGACCAGAUGCCUGUGGUUGGAGUUGGAUUAUGAUGACAAGCGACAAACACACACAAUUAAGACUGCGCUUUCAAUAAAGACAAAUAUUUUUUAUUUAACAGUACAAUGAGUUUAUGAAUUAAUACUUUUGUCAGACAUGGGUUCAUAAGAGGAAUAGGGGAGGGGAGGGAAGUGGGUUGACAAGAUCAUUCUAAGAGGUGUUAUGGAAAUGUACACAUGAAUAGAUGUAUCAUAUGGAUGAUGUGUCCUUUACAACAAACAAAAACAUAAAACAUGCAGGGCAGUCCCUUACUGAGCUCAGAUCUCUCUCUGCACAACAACACUCUGCACUUUUCAAAGACCCGUCCUUCAACAGUUAGGAUUCAUAUCGUUUCGACAGCUAGGAGCCGUCUACUUGGUUUCACUAAGAGAACCGCUUCACACAAUGCACGACUCCAACUUAGUUUUUAUUUUUUAUUUAUUUAUUUCUUCCUUCCAUCUUUCGCCGAUUUCGACAGACAUCAGCUCCUCUGCCUAUACGUUUUAAAAUACAAAAAUAUAUUACCUCUGUAGCGUUAUUCAAGGAAAGCAUUUGCACGUUUUUUCGGUAUAAGUUACCUUCAUCGUGACAUUGUAGUACCACACACAAGUACAAGUAACAAGGUCAUUUUUCUUUCUUUUAACAUGAAAUUCAAGUAAACAUCAGGUCAACCAAAAGACAAUCGCACUCGGGACCUCAUGCAUGAUGCAGCGAUAAAAUGACCAAAGCAACCACAUACAAAGACAAAGUGUAGGGGGGGGAAGGCAUUGAACUUUAGGAUAAUUUUUUCCAUCUUAUCGUCUGCAUGUGACACUCUUGAAUGGGGCCAGCCCAUUGGGUCUGUAUCCUGUACGGAAACGCACACAUUCACUAAGGCAUCGCUAUCCUGGGCAGUCCACGGCCCCUCAUCCACAGGUCUUAGUGAGAUACAUGUGUAUCUAUGAGAGACGUGAGGCCUGGCCAAGAAGGCGUCCAUCUCUUCUGUGUUAUUUGGUAGAGCUGAGACAAGGCCUCAACUCUCAGAUGUAAUUCUUUAAUUUCCCUUUGAGGUUCAGACUAUUUCUUUGGGAACGGGUUUCAGGGAAUUAAAGAUCACAAGGUUGGAUUGUAGAGUAGAUUAUUUCUAAAUCACCUACAUCGUCUCGGUAUCUAGCUGAAGAGGCUUGAAGCAGAGGGUUAACAGGUUAAAACAGGGUCGCCAUGAGGGCUGUGGUGCCCAUACAGGUCAUGACUCAGCACAACAGAAAUGAAAGUCAAAUCAGAACAUGGAAAAGGCAGGGUUGAUGGUCCUUCUGUGCGUGAGCAGCCAGUUCUACAGCGAUGAUGACGCAGUAUCAUCGGUUCAUUUUUCUUGUUAUUAUUCUUCAUUUUCAUCUUCUCUGUUCAGUCUAUAAAAUGCUAGCCUUGGACUGCGACAAGGUGGGGAAAGUCAUCUGGGUUUCACUUCAUCACUUUGUCGAGGACUUAACCAGAACACGUUUGUGUGGGAAAGUACGAACAGACAAAUAAGGUACAGUUUGCAUAGUGUAACACAACAUCACGAUGAGAACAACGGUGUGCCUUACAGUCACUCACAGAAACCAAAUAAGGACAACGAUAAACAAGAAUAGAGCUGAACUCAAACAUGUACUUUAGCUUUCUCAAACCUUGAAAUGGGUAUUUCAUCCCUUGCAACGUUAAGUAACUUAAUGCUGGAAACACUAAUUAUAAUACUGACAGAUAACAUUUUUUUUUUUUUAAUAAAAUAAAAAACUGAAAUGGAGCAAAGAUCAGUGCUACGUAGAUAAACUGGAAUUGGAAUAGUAGUGAGUUAAAAACAACAAAUGAUGUAUAGGUGGCUUACAGGGACUUUGGCUCAGUAUAAAAUAAAGACUUAAAAAGGUAUAUGUGCACAGUAAGCAUCCAGGGAUGAAUAUACUGCAGUAAAAAAAAAAAAA